CCGAUCUUCUCCUCUUGGACUCUCCGCCCCCCUAUCCCUCUCCUCUCCAGCCAGAGCCACCGGAGAGACCAGAGCCUGUAGCACCCCCCGCUCCUCCCGCGGAGGGACCGGCCCAGGGUACCCGGAGGCAGAGAAGGCAGCCAGUGUCUCCUGACUCGACUGUGGCCUGCCCUCUUCGACCCUACGGGCCUCCGCCCACCCGUGGGGAUGAUGACGAGUCGGCUCCGCUUCAGCCGCUCCAAUACUGGCCCUUCUCCUCGGCAGAUCUCUAUAACUGGAAAACUAACCAUCCUCCCUUUUCAGAGGAUCCACAACGCUUGACGGGGCUAGUUGAGUCCCUGAUGUUCUCUCAUCAGCCCACCUGGGACGACUGCCAACAGCUCCUCCAGACUCUCUUUACUACGGAGGAAAGGGAGCGGAUUCUUUUGGAGGCCCGAAAGAACGCUCCUGGCCCCGAUGGUCGGCCAACCCAGCUCUCCCAUUUGGUGGAUGCAGCCUUUCCAUUGGCCAGACCGGACUGGGAUUUCAACACGGCAGAAGGUAGGGAGCACCUGAAGGUCUACCGCCAGACUCUAGUGGCCGGCCUCAGAGGGGCAGCAAGGCGCCCCACAAAUCUGGCUAAGGUAAGAGAGGUCAUCCAGGGGCCCACUGAACCGCCCUCUGUAUUUCUUGAACGGUUAAUGGAGGCAUUCAGGCGGUACACCCCAUUUGACCCCGCUUCGGAGGGACAGAAAGCUUCGGUAGCCAUGGCUUUCAUAGGACAGUCAGCAUUAGACAUUAAGAGGAAGCUGCAGAGAUUAGAAGGGCUGCAGGACUUUACUCUUCAGGAUUUAGUUAAGGAAGCGGAGAAAGUGUACCACAAAAGAGAGACGGAGGAGGAGAAGGAGUUGCGAAAAGAGAAGGAAAGGGAGGAAAGAGAAGAAAAGAGAGAGAGAAGGGAAGAGAAAAGGCUAACCCGUAUCUUGGCCGCAGUGAUAGGAGAAAGUAAACCGCAGGAGAAGGGAAAGGAAAGACAGGCAGGAAACUUGGGCAACAGGCCACCGUUAGGCAAAAACCAAUGUGCCUACUGCAAGGAAGAAGGGCAUUGGAAGCGGGAAUGCCCGAAGAGACUAGCGAAAAAGGCGCUGGCUCUUCAGGAAGAUAGUGAUUGAAGAAGUCGAGGCUCGGUUCCCCUCCCCGAGCCUAGGGUAACUCUCAAGGUGGAGGGGAAGCCUGUUAAUUUCCUGGUGGACACCGGAGCCCAGUAUUCCGUUCUUAAGAAACCACUAGGGCCGGUCUCCCAGAAAACCUCCUGGGUGAUAGGGGCAACAGGAAAUGAACAAUACUCCUGGACCACUAAUCGGACGGUAGAUUUAGGCACGGGAAGAGUGACUCAUUCCUUCCUCAUAAUACCAGAGUGCCCAGCCCCCCUUCUGGGGAGAGAUUUAUUAACUAAAAUGGGGGCCCAGAUCACCUUCACCCCACGAGGGCCGACCCUGACCCAACAUGGGGAACCAAUUACCCUCUUGACACUUCAGCUCGAAGAUGAACAUCGGCUGUUUGAAAAUAAUGUCCGAGGGGAUGAGAGGAUAGCAGAAUGGUUACAGCAAUACCCUAAGGCUUGGGCCGAAACUGCGGGAAUGGGCUUAGCAACCGAACGGCCCCCCGUGAUAGUAGAGCUUAAGUCUACAGCAACCCCGAUUGCGGUACGGCAGUAUCCCAUGGCAAAAGAAGCCUGGAGGGGAAUUAAGAUCCAUAUCCAGCGCCUCUUACACCUAGGGGUUUUGGUUAAAUGCCAUUCCCCGUGGAAUACCCCUCUCCUCCCGGUAAAGAAACCUGGAACUAAUGACUACCGACCGGUGCAGGACUUAAGGGAAGUCAACAAGAGGGUGCAGGACAUUCAUCCCACGGUCCCCAAUCCUUAUAAUCUCCUGAGUUCUAUCCCUCCGUCUCAUGUAUGGUAUUCAGUCCUAGACUUAAAGGAUGCCUUCUUCUGCCUGCGGCUGCACCCUGCCAGCCAAAACAUCUUUGCUUUCGAAUGGAGAGACCCAGACUCGGGGAUGACAGGGCAGCUGACUUGGACCCGGCUUCCCCAAGGGUUCAAGAAUUCUCCCACCAUCUUCGAUGAGGCCCUUCAUCAAGAUCUGGCUGCUUUCCGCGCUGACCACCCGCAGGUCACUCUUCUCCAGUACGUAGACGACCU